AUGCAAGUCGAAGAGUUUGAAAGGGCUGUGAGCACCCUUUUCGCCCACGGGAACGCACCUGUUAGUCCAGAGAACCGCUGCGAGGCGGAGCAGUAUUUGACAGGUGAGAGGGGAUGCUGCGAUCGUGGUUUAUCUGAAGCCAGUGUGGUGUGGUGUGUUGCGUUGGCUACUGAUGGCGUUCUAUCGUGUGUGUGUGUGUGUGUUGCAGCACUAUGCGGCAGCAGCAGCGGCAGCGUCUUGCUGCUGUCGGCUUUGCGAGCGCGCUGCUCUUUGGAGACAAAGUUUUUUGCUCUCCAGCAGUUGUUACAGCUGCUCCCGCAGCAGCAGCAGCAGCAGCGGCAGCAGAUGCAGGAGAUGUUGUUCAACGUGAUGCGGCUGAGGGUGUGCAGCGAUUCGCUUUGGGCAUGCAGUAACAGCUGCGGGGGAGGCAGACCGAGGGGUGUUGCUGCGGCGUUUGCUGCUGCUGCAACAGACGCGGCAUCCAGUCCCGACGCUGCUGCUGUGCAUAACAAGUUGGCAUUGGUGGUUGCUCGGUUGUUAGCAGCAGACGUCGGUGGAGCAGCUCCAGCGGCAGCAGCAGUCGCAGCAGCAAAGGGGACGAAGGCGGCGUUCAUGCCGCUGCGGCAGUUGCUGCACCAAGGGAUCUCUGCCCUGUGCUUGCAUCUCCGCGAAGCGGGAGAGGAAACAGCGGAAGCAUUGGCAGCAGCAGCAGCGAUUGCGGAGCGUUGCAUGGCGUGCAGCAGCGCGUCGUGUGCUUCGGAAGCAGUACAUAGUGCUGCAGCCAUACUGGAGUCGCUCCGAGUGGCAUUGCGGGUGCUGCUGGUGCUCCAUCAGGAAUAUCUAGAGGAUGCACCUGCCUCCCCUCUUUCGGCAGCACUCAAGAACUCCUUUCCGUAUGACGAAAAUGUGAACCCCAACGCGACCACUGCAACCUGCCCUCCCCCCUUCUCCCCAAUGCUGCUGCAGCUGCUGCGGCUUUUGCAGUUGCUGCACAAGCACAGCCCGGCACUGGGCAGUGUGCUGCAGCUCUGUUGCUCCGUAGUUGAGCGAUACGUGGGAUGGAUCGACUUGCUGCUGCCGGAGCAGAUAGCAGUGGCGGAGGUGCGCGACCACAGAGGCGACCACAGCAGUAGCACACCGAACUUACUGCAAUUGUUGGGAGACACGUGGCUGGCAUCAGGCUACCCCGAAGCUGCUUCUGCAAUCGUAGUUUUCAUACACCGCAAGAUGGAGCCUGCAGCCAGGAUCGAUCUGCUUUGCCGUAUGAAGCUUGUGGAGUGGCUGCUGCAUUGCAUUCCUCACGCUGAAAUCGCAGCAUCGCCAACAAUGCUCACUCCAUUCGCCAGCAUGGUGAACACAGCAGUAGCAGCGCUGGCAGAGGCAUCCGCUGCACUGGCAGAGAAACUUGAGACGGCGGGAGAGUGCGACUCCUGGGUUUCCGAUCGAGGGAACUACAGUCCACCAGCUACUGACAGGAGUCGAAGGGAGCUAUUGCAGCGGGGUAUGGCGGCUAUGUGGUCAUUGGUGCCACUUUCGUUACAGUUGCUGGGUUCUGGAGGCUUGGAGGUGUCGAGCACUGUAAUCGCAUCGCUUUCUUUGCUACUAAGCAAGUCGUCCUUGCUGAGGCGUCAUGAAGCCAUGCUGUUGCAGCCGCUGCCCUCAUCCCGUUUUGAAAGCCUUCUGCUGGAGUUGUUACAAGUGCUACUCAAGAGGCUGGCUGAGGUUGAUGCGCUGAUGGGAGCAGCACAGCAGCAGCAAAUGCUGCAAGAACAGCAACAGCAAGUCGUUUAUAGCAGCCUUGAUGACGAGGAAAUCGAACAACUUGCUGCCUAUAAGGAGGCGCUAACGGUUUUAUUCCGGCGGAGCUGUGUAGCCGACCAGACGCGGGUGUUGGUAUGGAUCCAGGAGGGGCUGCAACAGCAAAUGCAGCAGUACCAGCAGCAGCAAAGUCUACAGCAACGCCAUUCCCACCAACAAGAAUUCUCGGCUCUGCUUCACAUGCUGCUUGUUCUGACCGAUGACAUACACGAUUUGCCAGAGAAGCUGAAAGAUACAUCCAAUCAGCUGCAUACUUGUCUGCUGCAACUGCUUCAGCUGCUGCAUAGUCUGCAUGAAGCUGCACCCCUCUUCUCUGCGGCGGCUGCCGAAAAUUUCAUGCGGAUUCUUGUUCGUGUUGCUCCGCUGUUCAUUAAACAACAGCAACACAUCCCUGAGGCGCUUUCGCUGUUGGCGGGGCAACACGGGGUUUGUAGCAGCAGCUACAACAUUGCACCCAAGGCGUGUCUGGCGUUGCUGCGUUUUGUGAAAAACUGCUUGCCAUACUCUGCUGCAUAUACGGGGUUGCUAGUGCAGCAUCUGCUGCAGCAGCAGUGCCUGGAUAUACCCAGCUGCAGCAGCAGUGCCACCACACAGCAUCGCCAGCGUCCAGCCACCCCUCCAAGCUGCAAUAACAGUAGCAGACAGGAGCCUCUGGCGUUGGCGGCUGCAGCAGAUGUGUAUGUACACCCAAGGGCUUUUCAGGUGGAGCAGCAAUUGCUGCUCUAUGAGGCAGCCGGUGUACUGUUGGGCAGCAAAUUGCAGCAGCUGUCUGCUGCGCCUGCAGCCGCAGUGGGAGGUGCCGAGGGUCAGAGUGCCUCAGCGAAAGCUGCGCAGGAGCGCGUCUUGCUGCUGCAUGCACUUUUGUCCAAGGCAACUGCGGCGUUCACCUCAGAUAUUGACUGCGGCUCAUCAACGUUGCCGGCAACGGCGGCAGCAGUCGCGGUAUACUGGUCUCGUUGCAUGAAUGCCUUGGCAUCUCUGUCAAAGGGCUUUCAGCCAUUCAGGGGGGCAUCCGUUGCAGGGGAUGAAGGCUCCCCAUCGACACAGACGAGCGUCACCGAGGCUCCUGCAGUGGUAGCGGCCAGAGACGCAUGGCUACAGACUCUUGCGCUCUUCACUACUGCCUUACUCGCAGCAGGAGCCGAGGGCAGCGUCUUAGAAGUUGAGGGCACAAGCUUGCUGGUAUUGCCUCCUAUCUUUCCUGCAUGCAUUUUCCUGCUGCGGCGUCUACUGUCUUUAUUGGGGCCCCUCGCUGCAUCGUCUACUGGCGCACUUUUGCCGCUACUUUACGAUGCCGUACUGGUAGACGCAGAGAGUCCAGCGGCGGCAGCAGCAGCAGCAAGCUGUUUGCAGCAGCAGCAGCAUUCUCCAGAAGCAGCAGCGCAGCAGCUUAGCGGAUUCUGCAUGCAGAUCUUUGUCUCUCUGAAGGGGCCUGAGCUGACAGUGUUGGUGCUGCAGCAUCUCCCUAUGAUAUUGGAGAGGCAUCUGGGGCUGUACUUAAAGGCUGUUGCUGCAGUGACGCAGGAGCCAAACUCUGCGGAUCUACAGCGGGAGUGCCGGGAAUUGCAAGAGCAGCUGGUGUCUCUUGUUGCAACAGCAGCAAGAGAAACACCUGAAGCUCUGCUGAACUUUGCUGCAGCCUCCUUGCUGAGUGCUGACAAUUGCAGGAAUGCCAGCGAAAACAAGGCUUCCCUUUUCCUCGGUGCACUUCAUGAGUGUUUUGUAACCGCCGGUGUAAACAAUGGUGGCUCCAACUGCAACAGGCCGUCGACAACGCAACAUGCAUUGCUACGGCUGCUGCAUCAGCAGCAUCAACAGCUACACAUGCUCCUCUUUGGUACACUGCGUCCGACACGAGGGGUCUCCGCGAUCACUUCAAGAGCACCUCACGGAUCCCCUGCGUCUCAGGAGAUUGCUUCUGAAACAUGGAGAUGUAUUUUACUCAUUCUUUUGCAGGCGUGCUGCCCCGGCGCCUGCCCUGUUGUAGCAGCUGCAUCCUCGCAAGCUUGGGCGCAAAUCGCUGGAGCAUUUCUGUGCAAGCCUGACAGGCUGACAGAUGUUGCGCUGGACCAGGAGCGGCAGAAUCAGUUGCCAUCCGAUUUACAGCAAGUCCAGGAAGCGAUGCGAGAUUUUAUAAAACAAAAUGUCGCCAUGGAAACGCAGCUGCGGCAGCGUCGCCCCCAGAUGGGGUCGUCUCAGUCUGUCCAACAGUCUGAGGAGAUGCAAUCUCUGCGGCAGCAGCAGCAGCAGCGUGUUCGGAGCAUUGAAGUGCAGCAGGCCGGUCAGCAGCUAUCUCUGUUGCUUCCUUUAUCUUCCCUGUUUAGCGCCACCGCUGACUUGUUUGUCUCCCUCAGCACACAGGAUCCUCAACACAUCAAAGUUGCAGCAGAUAUAGGAGGCCUCUGGCGUACACUUGGGUAUGGGAUACCACCUGGGACCCCACAACGCACCGCAUCAGCAGCAGCAGCAGCAGCUGGUGCAGCUGCAGGAGCCCAGCUGGGGGCAUUUUUCAUUCCCCUGCGCAGCGGCAUUCAGGAUUCACUAGCAAGGGCCCUCGCACCGCUCAUUUCGAACCCUGGCGGCUCCGCUGCUGCACUUCUAGAGGCACUUGGGCAAACGGAGGGCCAGCAACUCCGAGCAGUGAUUCGGGCAUGGCAACAACGAAUCAUACCUAAGUAG